GCGCAUCAGCUGCUCUUGUUUUGCUUUUUUUCUCUCCCGGAUCUGUUUUGGUCCCGCUUUGGACCAAGUCCUGGACCCAGCCCUGGACCCAGCCCUAGACUGUCCGCUUUCCCCGCGGAGCCAGCCUUCAGCCCGUCUCCUCCGGUCUCACUCAGCCGCCGUGGAGCCUUCGUCCGCAUACCCCAAGCCGCGAGGAGCCGCCGAGACCAGGCCUCCGGAGCAGGGCGAGGGGAGGCGUCCGAGAUGGAGACCGCACAGUGUGGCCCAGAGGGGCCUCUUGGACCGAAGACGGGCUUUGGCUGUGCUACCUUCAACCAGGACGCUACCUCUCUGGCUCUGGGCACACACAGCGGCUUCAGGCUCUUUUCUCUGACCAACGUAGACAUGCUGGACUGCAUCUACCACAGCACAGUGAACAGCCUUGACGUGGGCGUGGUGGAGCGGCUCUACGGCAGCUCUCUGGUGGUGGUGGUGAGCGCUCAAACACCCCAGCAUCUCCACAUCUACCACUUUAAAAAGGGCACCGAAAUCUGCAACUACAAUUACCCCAAGCCAGUGCACGCUGUCAAGCUCAACAGGCAGAGACUGGUGGCGUGCCUUGAAGGGUCCCUGUACAUACAUAACAUAAAGGACAUGAAGCUACUCCAGACACUGGUGGUCCCGUCUAACCCGUGUGGCCUGUGUGCCCUCUCCAGCUCAGGCUCCUGCUCUUACCUAGCCUACCCCCACUGCCCCAACACCGGAGAGCUCCAGGUCUAUGAUGCCACUGCUCUGACCCCAGUGACAGUGAUACCGGCUCACCACAGUCCUCUAGCGGCUCUCAGCUUCAAUACCUCCGCCUCCAGACUUGCCAGUGCUUCCCGGAAGGGCACGGUCAUCCGAGUGUUUUCCAUCCCUCAGGGCCACCACCUCUUUGAGUUCCGCCGCGGCAUGAAGAGGUGUGUAGACAUCAGCUGUCUGUCCUUCAGCCCUGAUGGACAUUUCCUCUGCUCCUCCAGUAACACGGAGACUGUGCAUGUCUUCAGACUGGAGCACCCCAAUGCCAGUUUGGACCAGGAGGUGGAUUCUUCCUGGGGCUCGUACAUGGGCCGUAUGUUCUCUGCAGCCAGCUCCUACCUCCCAGCCCCAGUGUCCCACAUGAUGAGUCAGGAACGCGCCUUCGCCACCGCCCAACUGCCCCGCCCCAGCUACAGGAACACAUGCGCCCUUGCUGUGAUCCAGAAGCUUCCUCGUUUGCUUGUCGCUACGUCUGACAGCAUAUUGUACGUGUUCACCUUUGACCCGGCCGAGGGGGGCAAGUGCCAGCUCUCCCACACACACCAACUGUUAGAGGAGCUUCAGGGCCAAAGUGAGGGUAGAGUGUGGGAGGCCUCUGAUUGGUUGGGACCAGUGACCCCCUGUCCCACAUACGCUGCCACGGCUGCCUUACCCCCGGCCCCCAGCCUCACUCCGGGGCUUACUGCAGCCACGCUCACAGGCUACAGUGAGGACGGCGGCUGCAGAGAGGGGGAGGUGAUCCCAGAGCAUGAGCUGGCAGCUGGACCAGUGCGCCUGGAUGAUGAGAGCGAGUUUCCUCCAAUCAAAUGUCGAGAUGGACGUGACAAUAUUUUGGGCUCGCUCACAUUUUCUGAGAUGGACAGCUUCUGUAAACUCUAACCCUAAAGAACAUCAGUCACCACUGGACCUCUCAAGCAUGAACUACCCACAGGAGCAGCUGUUUCAGACACACCAGAUUAUGUUGUCAAAAGUAUCACUACAAACUAGUAUCGAAACUAAACUAAAAAAAUAAUAAUUUCAAAACGUAAAAGGUGACACUGAAAUUUAAAUAUAUAUAUAUUGAUACUUUGCAGCUGAUGUCAUCAACAUUCCCCUGGGGGUGUGAAUCCUAAAUGAAACCCUGCUCUGUCUGAAGCUCUAAAUAAGAUUAGUUUAAAUAAAACUCAGGUUCAGAACUGACCAGAAAGUGCUGAACUACAACACGUGAGCUAAUUCAUGCUGUUAAACAAGUCUCUCAUGCAUUAAAUUACAGUCAAAUGAAGAGAAAUGAUUCCUUGAUGAGUCUUUUAACAGUGUAACACCACAGGCUGUGCAGUGUGGCGCCUCACCAGCACCAUGAUAACUGUGAACAGCCCUUGGUCCCUUUAUUUCAGAUAAACUCAUGCUCCGUAUGUCUGAAAUACUGUGUACACACCUUUUUCCUUUGUUUUGAGAUAAAAUGUUACACAUUUAUUUGUAUACUAUAUAAUAUAUCAUUUGAAAUGAGACCAGAGGCAUCGUAAUGUACAGUAUUGUCUGGGGAAUACUUGUAUUUGUGUUUGUGUGCAAAGGAUGUGUUUUUAUGUCAAAGACAUGUCGGAAAUGGCAUUACAUUUCCAGAAACAUGAAUACGAUAUGAAUUUUGCCAGGUUUACAAAAUCUUGGUUUGAUUUGUUGAUGAUGUGUAAAUGCAUAUUUUUUACAGGUUUGGUGUCCUCUCCAUCUGCCCUUCUCCUCUGCUCCGUCUGCCCCUCUCCUCUGCAUCCUCUGCUCCAUCUGCCCUUCUCCUCUGCAUCCUCUGCUCCAUCUGCCCUUCUCCUCUGCAUCCUCUGCUCCAUCUGCCCCUCUCCUCUGCAUCCUCUGCUCCAUCUGCCCUUCUCCUCUGCAUCCUCUGCUCCAUCUGCCCUUCUCCUCUGCAUCCUCUGCUCCAUCUGCCCCUCUCCUCUGCAUCCUCUGCUCCAUCUGCCCUUCUCCUCUGCAUCCUCUGCUCCAUCUGCCCUUCUCCUCUGCAUCCUCUGCUCCAUCUGCCCUUCUCCUCUGCAUCCUCUGCCCCAUCUGCCCCUCUCCUCUGCAUCCUCUGCUCCAUCUGCCCCUCUCCUCUGCAUCCUCUGCUCCAUCUGCCCCUCUCCUCUGCAUCCUCUGUCUCCAUCUGACCCUCUCCUCUCCCAACUAUCUACAAAUAUGCAUGCUGGACCAUUAUUAUGUACUGUAUGUAAAGAACAUUACUUGAGUUAUAUUUUAUUUAAGAUAAAAUAUUUGAGUAUAAAAUAAUUCUAGGUUACGCCAAUAUUCUUGUAAAAGAUGUAACUUAAUGUUGCCUUCUCACACUUAGAGGGCUGUUUGUGCCUGUAGCAGAUGUAUAUGAAACUGUCAGUCAUUUUGCACAAGACCAAAGCGGGUAAGACCGAAUAAAAAAUGACAACAUGG